AUGCUCAAGGCAGAAGUCCAAUCCCGCUUCUUGCCCCAUAGCACUCGAAGAUCUGUCUUCAGCCCUCGAGUGAAUAAGAGGCAUCAUGAUUCAGCCCGGAGAUACUACGAUGAAGCCCUCUGGCACUGUCACAACGCAAGCGCUGAGCAAACAAGCUUAGAAGCACCCGCUUAUCUCGCCACGCGAGUCCUACUAGCUUACUACCAUCACGCGUCAUCAGAUCACCUGAGAUUCCGACUAGCAGUGGGCGAGGCCGUGUUAUUUGCUGUUCUGAAUAGAUCAAAUUUGCUCAACUCUGCCAGUGGGGCCGAUGUACUGCAAAUGUGGUAUCGGAUGUGUACAUCCCACAGACCAGCCAAGCCGCCUGCUUUGGGGUUGGAAGGCGAAGGAGCGACAUCAUCUGGACCGAGGAUUUUGCCGUCCGCGACGGAUCAGCUCUACCUACAUUGUAUCAUUGGUAUGAGUUCCGAUGACCUCAUCUACGAUAUCUUGAUUAAGACCCUGGAAAUCCGAACGAAAUUAGUCCUGUUUCGCUGUGCGGCCAGAGCCUACCAGGUCUCGGAGCAGUCAAGUGAGAUUGGCAGUCUUGCUCAUAAAGUCUGGAAUAAUAUUUCAGGCCGCGAAUGUGAACCAGAUGAGUAUACGGAAGCGCGGGAAGAGUUCAUGCAACGUUCGCAUCUGCUCGGUUUGUUGGAUGUGCAAGAGGACAGAUUGAAGGUCUGGAGAUCAAGACUUGAACCGAAGCAGCUGCCCGCGAUAUCUCCUGUGAGUGCGUUCUCACCAGUCGACUCCGACUCUUCUCUCUCCUUGUGUCCGGUACAGACUUUCCCCACACAUCGGGAUGCCAUGAACGCCCUAUACUCUCUACUCUGCGAACUCAUAUUCGAGGAAUCCAGAGAAACGAAUUCCACCUAUCCAGAGCCCACGAUGUCUAUGGAAAGUGUAGCGAGCACCGUGUGUCAAAUUGCCAGCGGCUUGGACUUCAAUGCAUCCAUUACGUUCGACGUAUAUACAUUCAGCCUAACAGAGGUGCUGCUUCAACUUGUCUUUUCGUGGCAAUCCGAUUCGACUUUUCAGUAUAUUCUGGACUUCUUAUGGCCAGAACUCGAAAGCAAGGGGCGUGGCUACGAGCACUCUCACUAUCCAACUCAUUUGGCGAAGCGCAUCAUAGCCCAACUUGCAGAAUACUGGACAUUAGGUCGAACUAUAACCUUCGCCAAACCCGCCGUUCCCGAAGAUAUCUCGAAAUUGAAGCUUUUAGACAUAAAUCAACCCGUUGACUUGGGUGUUUGUGGGUAUAGCAGGAUUGAUGGAGCAUUUUUUGUGGAGCGGCUUUCUCUUCUAUAA